AUGGGCUGGGUCCUCCACGCUUCUCCUCGGGCGGAGGCAGAGUCUCAAUAUCCGACAAUUAUCGCCAUCUGUGUUGUACUGUCUAUCAUCUCCAUAGCCGGCGUCGGCUCCAGACUAUGGAUUCGGUACACAGGCAGGGGUCUUGAAAAGGAUGACUGGAUGGCAGCAUUAUCCGCGGGGUUUGCCCUUACUUAUGCAAUCCUCUGUAUCGCUCAAACAAGAUACGGACUCGGACUUCCUAUUAGUUCCCGGCCGGCGAAAAGCCUUGUGAUAUAUACCAGGGUCAACUAUGCGGGCCGUCCCGUCUACCAAGUGGGAGUCUCCUUCUUUAAGCUCGCCCUCCUCAUCAGCUACCUACGGCUUUUGCAAGGCACCAACCAUAAAACAUAUCGACGUAUUGUGUACUUCGCCAUUCUAACUGUGUUCGUUUCGCAUCUUGCAUGCGCGUUUUGCCUCAUCUUUGCCUGCGAUCCAGUGCAAAAGUCGUGGGAGCCGUUGAUGAAGGGAGGCAGAUGCUUAGCACCAGGCCCCUCAUUUACAGCAUAUGCCUUUGUGACGAUUGUCUCGGACAUUGUUGUCGCUGCGCUUCCAGUCCCGAUGCUUCUCGCUCUCAACAUCCCCACAGAAAAGAAGAUAGGGCUAGUUGGAAUCUUCGCCCUGGGACUUUUUACAACGCUUUGCUCCGUCUUUCGUUAUCUCCAGAUCAACAGGAUCCAAUUUGGCGAUGGCAACUCGACCAUGUUGAUCCUCUGGGGUGUUAUUGAGUUUAAUGUCGGGAACCUCGUUUCUUCGUUACCAUUUCUUGCUCCAAUAUUCAUCAAGAAAACGAGGGGUUACCGAUCGAAACAGUCCAGUGGCAACGGGUCCAGCGGCUCCUGGAUGAAGUGGGGGAAGGGCUCCCGAUGGGAAAGCAAGGGAGCUUACAAGCUUAGUGACAGGCGUCAGAAUCAAUGUGCCUUUGGGUCAGCAGACGACAGCUCUUUGAAUGAACUAGGCUGCAGAAAAGUCAUACACUAG